AUGUCCUGCACAGUUCCAAGUUCUGGAUUCAACACCGUCACUGAAGGCUCAGGUAGAGUUUCUGGGCGAACCCAAGGGAAGCACUUCAUAACAGCCUUCAUGCAGAACGGGUUGCAGAAAAGCUUUGAGGAUGGCAGUUUCAAACUCUUCGUCACUGGCCUAAAAGACGGCACCUCUGUCACUGUUGCCGUCUACAAGACCAAGUUCCUGAGGGACUUUGCUGUCAAGCGUGGUGAGACCGUGCCAGUACAGUUGCCAAGUAACGUCGAAAUGGUUGGAAGCAACAAAUUCCACUCUGCCGUCAUCGUCAGGGCCUCCCAUGAUGUCACGGUCCUCUCACUUAGCUCCAAACCCAACUCAGUUGCCACCACAGUUGUCUACCCCAGGUAUUUACUUGGGAAUACUCACUAUGUGGUGACACCUUCUGGAGAGCCUUCCAAGGGCUUCCAGGAGUUCUCCGUGGUAUCCAGCCAGGACCCUACUCAAGUCUUCAUCUAUGUCACCGGCCAAGUGACUUUCCAUGGGGUGACUUAUGGGCCAGGAAGCAAGCUCGUUGUCUCCCUUGAAGCUUACCAAGCUGUCCAGAUCCAAAGCCACCAGGACCUUUCUGGCACCAAAGUGGUCUCUCACAAGCCGGUUGUAGUCUUGUCUGGCCACAGUUGCAUUUGGGCACAUGACAAUUGCCAGCAUGUUUUUGAGCAGCUGCUGCCCACCCGGAAAUGGGGCAAAGAAUUCUUGGUAGCCCCACUGCCCUUCCAGACCAAUUACGAUGUGGCCUAUGUGGCUGCUUGCCAGACAACACACCUCCAAGUCCGUUCUGGCACCCAUUAUGCCAAGCACCAUUUACAAGAUGGGCAGGUGAUUGCAGUUGAAGUGAGAGGCCAAAAGCCCCUGUACAUCUCUUCCAAUGUGGGUGUCCAAGUGCUGUUCUACGCCACAGGAGGGGUCAAAGAGGGUGUUCCCUAUGACCCCUUCCUCUCUGGUGUCCCUGCAAUGUCUGACUACUCCAAAUCCUACGGCAUCCUGGGUCAGGAAGGCUUCCACAACCUGGGACUCAUUGUCGCAGAGAGCAGAACGUGCCAGAGCAUUACCUUAGACAAGCAACCACUGCAUUAUGCACACUGGCGGGUCAUACCAGGCACUUCCUACUCCUGGACUGAGUUCAUCUUCAGUGGGCACCAGGCAAUGCACUUUGUAGAACACCCCAAGUCUACCUUCAGCCUUCUGAGCAUUGGGGUCGCCCCACACAAUAGCUAUGGCACUGUGGCCUUUGCCAUCCAUUCAGCCCUGCCUCCACUGAGCCCUCAUCCCAUCCCCUGCAGUGGAACGAGUUGUGGAAAGGGAUACGUAUGCAGCAUUACGCACAAUCAGCCACAAUGCGUCCCAGAACCUCAGACCUGCAAUACCAUCCAAUGCCAAGAGGGGACAGUGUGCAAGAUAGUAGAGGGCCAUGCCAGCUGCAGUGCAGGGACCAAGUGUGAGAUAUAUGAAGGGCAUCCAAUAUGUAUUUCUGUCUCGCCUUCCUGUGACAAGUUCCAUUGCAAAGAAGGGACAGUUUGUGAAAUCAGUAGUGGUUGGCCCAAAUGUGUUCCCCGUCAAAGCUUGUCCUCUUGUGAAAAAUUCAGCUGCAGUGCAGGGACCAAGUGUGAGAUAUACGAAGGGCAUCCAAGAUGUAUUUCCAUAUCGCCUUCCUGUGACAAGUUCCAUUGCAAAGAAGGGACUGUAUGUGAGAUCAGUAGUGGUUGGCCCACAUGCGUUCCCCAUUCCAACCCAGCUUCCUGUGAAAAAUUCAGCUGCAGUGCAGGGACCAAGUGUGAGAUAUACGAAGGGCAUCCAAGAUGUAUUUCUGUCUCACCUUCCUGUGACAAUUUUCAUUGCAAAGAAGGGACAGUUUGUGAAAUCAGCAGUGGUUGGCCCAAAUGUGUUGCCCGUAUGAGCCCACCUGCUUGUGAAAAAAUCAGCUGUCAUGCAGGGACUGUGUGUGAGAUAUAUGAAGGGCAUCCAAGAUGUGUUACAAUCUCACCCUCCUGUGACCAAUUUAGUUGCAGUGCAGGGACUGUGUGUCAAAUUGUUUCUGGUUGGCCCACAUGUGUUCCCAUCCCACCCUCCUGUGGAAAUGUCAGCUGCAACGUCGGGACUGUAUGUCAAAAGGUUUUUGGUGGGCCCCAAUGUGUUCCCAUUUGUAAAAUUGUGGACUACUGGCCCAGAUGUGUUGCUGUCCCACCAUCCUGCGACAGAGCACAUUGUCAAAGAGGGACUGUUUGUGAGGUCAUCAGUAGCUUGCCAACUUGUGUACCCAUUCUGUCUUCCUGUAACAAAACUCACUGUACACAAGGAAUGGUGUGCCAGAUUGCACAUGGCCGGCCAACAUGUGUUCCAGCAGCAGCACCUUCUUGCGCUUCUGUACAUUGUCAAGUGGGGACUGUGUGUCGGCUUGUUAAUGGAUUCCCCCAAUGUGUGCACAACCCACCUUCCUGUGACAAAUUCCGCUGCAGUGUGGGGACUGUCUGUCAGAUUGUGAAUGCCUGGCCCCAGUGCGUCCCUCUGCCGAGCUCCUGCCAUAGCACCCAUUGCCAAAGGGGAACUGUAUGUCAAGUUAUAAAUGGACAGCCCAAAUGUGUGCCAGUAGCAGCACAAGCAUGCCGCACAAUUCACUGCAAGAGAGGGACAACCUGUAAAGUUGUGAAUGGUGUCCCCAAGUGUGUGUCUGUUUCGCCCGCCCAGUCAAUCUGCUGGGCCUCUGGACAACCCCACUACCACACCUUUGACGGACGCAGCUACGAUUUCCAAGGUACCUGCACUUACACCGUGGUUAAGACCUGCCAACCCACUUCGGCUCUACCUUUCUUCCAUAUCUACACCAAGAGCCAGAAGAACUCCCGGUUCUCUUUCGUCAGCCAGGUCACCAUCUCUGUCUAUGGCUCCAACAUCACCAUGGUCAAGUACGAAUAUGGCCUUGUCAGAGUCAACCAAGUACGCUCCCGCCUGCCCAUAAGCAUGCAUGAUGGGAAGCUCUCUUUAUACCACAGAGGAGGCCAACUGGUUGUUGAAACAUCAUUUGGUCUGAAAGUUUACUAUGACUGGAACUAUUACCUAGUGGUGAAGGUCACUCCAGCCUUUCGGAGCCAUAUCUGCGGCCUCUGUGGCAACUACAACGGGGACCCCAAUGAUGACUUUAUGACAUCUUUGGGAGGCUUUGCCACCGAUCCUGUGGAGUUCGGCAGGAGCUGGAAGGUGGAAGAUGGUGAUAGCCAAUGCAGUCAUGGCUGCCACGGAAAAUGCUGGCGCUGUUCUCCAGAGCUGGCGACCAGAUACAGAGCGGAGACUUAUUGCGGCCUGCUUACUAAGCACAGAGGUGGCCCGUUCCGACAUUGCCAUGCCUUGAUUGACCCCAAGCCCUAUUUGAACGACUGUGUGAUUGAUUUGUGUGCCUUUGAGGGCUACAAGCAGAUAUUAUGCCGAGCACUGAAGACUUACGCUGAUGCCUGCCAAAGAGAAGGGGCAGUGAUAUCUGCCUGGAGAAAACAUGCCGGCUGCCCCAUGUCUUGCCCUGACUACAGUCAAUACAUGCCCUGUGGCUCAGCAUGUCCUGCCACCUGCACCAACCCUGAUGCUCCAAAGCAGUGUCACCUGCCCUGCGUCGAGACCUGCCAAUGCAAGGCUGGCUACGUGCUGGAUAGUGGCAAGUGUAUUCCCAAAAACCGGUGCGGCUGCGCCUACCAUGGUCGUCUCUAUGCGCCCAAUGAGCAGUUCUGGGGUGACCAGCAGUGCCAUCAGCGUUGCUUGUGCAGGGCGCAAGAUAAAAAAGUGAUCUGCCAUGAGUCCCGUUGCAGGGAGAUGGAAGGGUGCCAUGUUGUCAAUGGCAUGAGAAAGUGCUACCCCACCUACUAUGGGACCUGCACUGCUGUGGGACAGUUGCAUUACGUCACCUUUGAUGGGUUGCGCUAUGACUUCUACGGGACCUGUGUUUAUCGCCUGGUUGAAAUCUGCCACAAGAGAGCAAACCUGACCCAGUUUCAAGUCCUGGUUCGGCAUGAAAGGAAGGGACACAAGGAUUAUCCUGCCACCAAAGCCAUUGAGAUCAAAGUCUAUGGUUUUACAAUCACAGUCAGCCAUAGUAAAGUCUUGUUGAAUGGAUUGUUGGUCCACCUGCCCUACAACAUUGAAUACAACAAAGUUGCCCUCUACCGCCACGGCUGGGAUAUUGUGAUCACGACUGAUUUUGGUUUAACUGUCGCAUUUGAUGGGGCUAACAAUAUCCGUCUCACGGUGCCAGGAGCCUACAGGGGUGACGUGUGUGGCUUGUGUGGCAAUUUCAAUGGGCGGGCAGAUGAUGACAUGACUCUGCAACACAGCCAAGUUCUGACAACCAACCCAGGGGACUUUGGCCGAAGCUGGAAAGUUCGGGACAUCCCAGGGUGCAUUGAGAAGGAGAAGGAGGCCUGUGCAGACCUUGUGAACAUUGAACACUCACAGAAGACAAGCAAGGAGUGUGGCCUCCUGCUGGACAUGCGUGGCCCUUUCAGGGAGUGCCACAGCAAGGUGCCACCUCAAUCAUAUUUCAAAGACUGUGUCUUUGACUUUUGCUCCAACAAGACCAAUAAAAAUGCCGUCUGUCACAUCAUCUCCUCCUAUGCCGCAGCUUGCCAAGCUUAUGGCACCAGGGUCUAUGAGUGGAGAUCUGCCAGUUUCUGUACUCCUAAAUGCAGUGCAAACAGCCGCUAUAAAGUCUGCACCAGCAACUGCCCAGUGACGUGUCUCAGCCUCUUUAACCCAGUAGCGUGCACUACUAGAUGCCACGAGGGAUGCGAAUGCAAUGAAGGUUAUGUUCUGAGUGGCGACCAGUGUGUUCCCAUCUCCCAGUGUGGCUGUGUCCACCAAAGCUUCUACUACAAGGCGGGUGACUCUUUCUAUCUCAACGGAUUCUGCAAGGAGCGAUGUGUAUGCCAAGUAGGUGGCAUCAUGGACUGCCACCGUUCCUCCUGUGGUCCUAAUGAGGAGUGUCGUGUGGUGGAAGGUGUCCAGAAGUGCCACUCACUUGCCCCCAAGAGGAGUGGCUCUUGUCAUGUGGCUGGUGACCCACACUAUCUCACCUUUGAUGGCACCACAUUUGACCUCCAGAGCAAUUGCACCUACACCCUGGCUAGGAGCUGCACGCAGAAGACCUCCCUUCAGCCCUUCUCUGUCAACGUGGAGAAUGAGAGGCGGUCCAGGGGCAAGGUCUCUGUGACAAAGGUCGUGUCAGUCACAGCUUAUCAAAACACCAUCUCCAUCUUGCGGGAAAAGAGAGGCAUUGUCCUGGUCAAUGGUGCGAUCACCUACUUACCUUUCCGGUUGGUAAGUGAUGGUAUGUGGGCGUACUACCAUGGUGACAACAUUGUGAUUCGGACAGACUUUGGCUUAUUCGUCUCUUUUGACCAGCUCUACCAUCUUGUUGUCAGAGUACCUGAAUCCUAUCAGGGCCAGACCUGUGGCCUAUGUGGUAAUUAUAAUGGCAGAUCCAAUGAUGACCUCUUCCUGCCCACUGGCUACCCAGCCUCAAGCGUCCAAGUCUUUGCAGCUGCUUGGAGAGUGGACGUCCCCACGGCUGUCUGUGCAGAUGAUUGUGCCGCUUCAGUAUGUGGUGCAUGCAGAGAGAGCCGGAAGGCCAGCUAUGUACACAGCAGUCAAUGUGGCAUACUUCAAGCCCCAUAUGGGCCUUUCAGCGCCUGCUUUUCCACCAUCAAUCCUGCAGACUUCUACAACAAUUGCGUGCAUGACCUCUGCAAAGCAAGAGGGAACACUGUUAUCCUCUGCCGGGCUAUCCAUGCCUACGUCACUGCUUGUCAAGCUGCAGGCGUCAAGAUCAAGCCUUGGAGGACAGCAGCAUUCUGCCCUAUGAAGUGCCCGGUCAACAGUCACUACGAUAUCUGUGUCAGAGCUUGCCCCAGAGGUUGCAGAGAAGCAGUCAGCAUCACCAAGUGCUCUAGCAACUGUGCCGAAGGCUGCCAGUGCAAAAAGGGUUACUUUAUGGCUGGGUAUCAUUGUGUGCCUAUUAGUCAAUGCCGGUGCUUUCACCAGGGCACAUGGUUUAAGGUUGGAGUGAAGGUGAUCACAGCCAACUGCAGGGAGCAAUGUACCUGCCAUCGUCAAGGUCGGGUCGUGUGCACACCACUACCAUGUGCAACUGGACAAACCUGUGUCCUGAGUAAUGCCAAGUGGACUUGUAUCCGGCAAGAGGGCCAUUGCACUAUUUCCCAGGGGCACAUCUUCACAACUUACGAUGGGGUCUCCGGAAAGGUUCCCCCUGUAGGGUCCUAUGAGAUUUCUGUGCUCAUCAACGCCAAGUCUACAUCUUGGUUCCGGGUGGUGAUUCAGCUGCAGAAAUGUCCCGCAUGCCCCACACCCCUUGUGGUCACUGUCACAAUCUAUUUUCACAAGCUUAUUGUGCUGGUGAAGCAGGACAGCUCAGUUACGGUUAAUGGGCACCCAGUGCAUCUUCCAGUCCAGCCCUCAAAGGAAGUAUCGAUAAGCCUGGCUCAGGACUUGGUGACAGUGGCACACAGAUCAGGUGUGCGGGUUCUCUAUAGCACCAGAGGAGACCUGACAGUGGCCAUCAGUGGUGAACUGGCCAACAAAGUAUUCGGAGCCUGUGGAAACUUCAAUGGGAAUGGUGCAGAUGACUUGCGGUUACCCAAUGGUAGAGUAGCACACACCAUUACAGAGGUCAUUAGCCACUGGCGAGUCACGACAGCUAUGCAAAAUGCUCGUUUUAAAAUCCACUCCUACUGAAACCUAGAAUCGAGAUCACUUUUGGAUGCCAACCCCUCUGAGGCAAUAUCUGGACUGGUAUCGUGACAGAAACAGCUUCUCCCUGGCUGAAUCCCAGGGAUAGGACAGGCAGCUGCUCUCCCAAGCACAAUGGAACACCUCUUGCUGUUAAAUAAAUGUACUUCCCUGCAGCAAAGCAGAUAGGGUUCACCAGCUCAGUAAUGCUGAGAUUCAGCCCCACAGAGAUUGUACAUAAGUUCGGUCACUAGCUAGCCUCUGCUUCCUUGAAUUUGCAUUGUUUGAUGUUUUCAGUUUGUUUCACUAGCUUAUUCACAUUUGACUCAAAGUGUCACAUAGCAUACAUAGAGGGGUCCCUCUGCCAAACAGUACAACACAUUCCAAUCUGAUGUGUGAUAGCUGCUCCCCAGGUACACAGCAGUCUUUCUUGGUUCAAGGCUACAGCUGUCUUUGGGGAAUGGCAACGGGCGUUUCACGGCAAUGUCUUGACCCAGACCGAGUCGAAUCUAACAGACAAAUCAAUAAAAAGCUUUUGGUAAAGGUCUUGCAUUUGUGUGAGUCCAUCUUGACAGCUUUUUGGCAAAAUAAUGAUU